UCCAAUGCACCAAGAUGUUCGUUAUUGAUGUCGUGCUUAGAUCUGCCAAUUCGAUCAACGCUUUCAUGGCUACCACGUUGAGAAUGGAGCCCGCUGCACCCAACAAGGGAAAGAAGAGGGACCAUGGCCUCAAAGACAAGCUGUGACAGUUGUGCUGCCUUCACUACUUUCUCCCCCUCCCCACCACCACCGCCUCCUCCUCUCCAGCUUUACGCUUCGGUUUCAGAGGAGGAACCUUUGGAUCAAUGGGAAGGACUAGCACACGGCUACCAAGCUUCUGCUUGAACCGCGUCACCACACGCGUCAGAGUCCGGUCUCCGGCGAUCGAAUCGAGGCCUCUGUCUCCCCAGGCAAGCAAGGUUAGCAGCGUGGACGAUGAGCUCGCCGCUGAUGGAGCUACGAAAGAGAUGGAACACGGUAGAAGGAUCAUGAUCGUGGUGGACAGGAGCUCAGAGGCCAAGGCUGCUCUCCACUGGGCGCUCUCGCACUCUGUCCAGAGCAACGACACCGUCGUCCUCGUCGAAGUCACGAAGCCAUCGAAGCACGGCGAAAGAACUCAGCGGGAGAGACAUCCAAACGGCUAUGCGCUUCUCCAUGAUAUGAAGAGAAUUUGCCAAGCAAGGAAACCUGAGGUGCAAGUCGAGCUGUCUUUGGUCCCGGGAGAAGAGCGAGGGCCGGCGAUCGUCGGAGAAGCCAGCAAACGGGGCGUCGUCCUCCUCGUCAUGGGGCAGAGGAAUCGAUCAGUGACAUGGCGUUGGGUGAUGAUGUGGGCAGGCAGUAAGCCGGGAGGCGACGCGGUGGACUACUGCAUCCGAAACGCCACUUGCAUGGCUCUGGCCGUGAGGAGGAAGAGCAAGAGAGGCGGCGGCUACUUGAUCACCACCAAGCGCCACCGAGAUUUCUGGCUUUUAGCGUAGUGUUGGAACCGAUGCUUGUCUGUGUUCGAACGAGGUGUGGCUUGAGUGCGGUGUGUUUUGUUGGUCAUCAGAGCAUAUUAAUCUGUAUGCCAUUUGCAUGUGAAU